AUGCCUAACGCCACCAUCUAUGUGCCGGAGUUCAUUCUGCAAUGUGCCAUUGAAGAGGACAAGAUGACCUUUACCAUCGUUGCUCUUGCCCUGAUCUACGUGGUGACUCUCUUUGGAAAUCUGCUGGUGAUUGUGGUCAUAAUAUUAAACCCUCAUCUCCAGAACCCCAUGUUCCUCUACAUUUUCACCCUUGCGGUGAUCGAUUUGGUGAACAGCACCAACCUCAUCCCUCGAAUACUGGCCGUUCUGGUGUUUAAUGACACCAUUGUCCCUUACGGGCCCUGCUUGUUUCAGCUAUCGAUAGUGUACCAUCUUGGGUUAACGGAGGGAAUUCUUUUCCCUGUUAUGGCAUGUGAUCGCUAUUUAGCAAUUGUGUACCCCCUAAGAUAUCCUUCCAUUGUUACAAAUAAGACGACUGGACUCGCCAUCUUACUGGUGAAUAUAUUAGCUGCUGCCAUUCUCGUCCCCUACAUGGUGUUUGCUAAAGAACUUUCGUUUUGCCGCAGUAACGUCUUGCCCUACUGUUUCUGUGAUUUUGUUACAAUGAUUCAUAUUUCUUGUACAGAAGACCCAAGACACCUUGUUCUCUUGUCCAGCACCACAAUCAUCAUUGAUAUAGGAGGUAUGGGAAUCUGUCUCCUUUCCUACAUCAGAAUUGUGGUAGCUGCCCUGAAGAUCUCCUCGGUAGAGGGUAAGAAGAAAGCUUUGAGCACGACGGUCACGCACCUUUCGGUUGUGAGUCUCCUCUACGUACCACUCAUGAUUUCUUAUAUAUUGCCAGGAUUAGGAGUGCAGGUAUCUGCUGAAGCUUACAGCAUGUUGGCCAUCAUAACCAUUCUGGUACCCCCUAUGAUGAAUCCUAUCAUCUACAGCUUCAGGAACAAGGAGAUCAAAAGCAGCAUUUACAGACUGUGGACAGGGAAGAGAUUAGACCCCGACAGCUAUUAA